UUUCACCUCCAUUUUCUUCCGAUUACUCGCACGCCGGGGAAAGGCGCAUCACGUUUCCCCCUGCCAUUGCCAGCGCCUCCACAGUUGCACAGUUCAAAAAACAGCUCGCAGAGCCGCCACACCCCUCGCCUCGCCUCCCCUCCGCCCCCUUUAAAUACCGCCGCAAAUGGCUCACGCGGCGCUGCUCCACCCGGCCCGCCCUUCCACGAGCGCUGCCGCAGCCCGCCGCCGCUGUGGCCGCAGCAGCUACCGCGCCCCUCCGCCCGUCCUCCCGCGCCGCUCCCGCCGCCGCCUGCCGCGCCCGAUGGCCUCGUCGACGACUGCGGCCCAGGGCCCCGCGCCGGCCCCCCCGGGCCUGAAGGAGGGCAUCGCUGGGCUCUACGACGAGUCGUCGGGGGUCUGGGAGAGCAUCUGGGGCGACCACAUGCACCACGGCUUCUACGAGUCCGGCGAGGCGGCCUCCAUGGCCGACCACCGCCGCGCCCAGAUCCGCAUGAUCGAGGAGGCGCUCGCCUUCGCCGCCGUCCCAGAUGAUCCGGAGAAGAAGCCCAAAACGGUAGUCGAUGUAGGAUGUGGCAUUGGUGGUAGCUCAAGGUACCUGGCCAAGAAAUACGGAGCACAGUGCAAGGGCAUCACGCUGAGCCCUGUUCAAGCUGAAAGAGGAAACGCUCUCGCCGCUGCGCAGGGGUUGUCGGAUCAGGUUUCUCUGCAAGUUGCUGAUGCUCUGGAGCAACCGUUUCCUGAUGGCCAGUUCGAUCUUGUCUGGUCCAUGGAGAGUGGCGAGCACAUGCCAGACAAGAGCAAGUUUGUUAGCGAGCUGGCACGCGUGGCGGCUCCUGGAGGGACAAUAAUCAUCGUGACAUGGUGCCACCGGAACCUGGAGCCAUCUGAGACCUCGCUGAAACCGGACGAGCUGAACCUCCUCAAGAGGAUUUGCGACGCGUACUACCUCCCUGACUGGUGCUCACCUUCAGACUAUGUGAGCAUCGCCAAAUCCCUGUCUCUUGAGGACAUCAAGACGGCCGAUUGGUCGGAGAACGUGGCCCCGUUCUGGCCGGCCGUGAUAAAAUCAGCACUGACAUGGAAGGGCAUCACCUCUCUCCUGACGAGCGGGUGGAAGACGAUCAGGGGGGCGAUGGUGAUGCCGCUGAUGAUCCAGGGCUACAAGAAGGGGCUCAUCAAGUUCACCAUCAUCACCUCUCGCAAGCCCGGGGCAGCGUAGGAGGUGGAAGUUACUACUGCGCGGCGCCUCCGUUCGACGCAGUAGUGUAGAUCACCGGCGAGCUAGAAGGCGCCCCGUCGCCGUCUUCUUGUACGCGCACGUUUGGCCAGGUGCCCCGUUUCAAAUAAUUUUCUACCACUCGUCGAGA